AACGAUUAAAUAAAAUAAAAAUUCAUUUUUAAAAUUUAUAGACACUAGAUAAAGUGAAAUUUAUAAAGUGAUAGCUAUUAUGUAAGCAAAGAUAUUACAUGAGUCUUUCUUAACGAUUAACACAUUAUGUAAAGUUUUUGAACAUAUUAUCAUUUUGUAUGUAUCAAUUAACAAAAUAUUAUGCAAGUCUUCCAUAAUAAUGAAACACUACGUAAACCUUAUGUAAGGAUAGUUAUAUAUUAUGUAUCACUUACACAAACAAAUGACAUAUGUUAUUCGCAAUGAUUAAUACAAUACGUGAAAUUUAGGUAGGUAUCUUAAUCGAAUAAUUUUGUGAAUAAUUUGAUUUCAAAUAAAUCAUUAGUUUCUUACCGCGGCAGAGCGCGGGCCAAAAAACUAGUUAUUUUUUAAGGCUAAUUCACUUGGCAAAAUUAUUUUUUCGUUUGUGUUGAUUUAUGUUAAUUAUCACUUUUGUUGAUUUAUGUCAUCAUUCGAUAUGUCUUGGAUUGACCUUGUUUCAACAAAAUCUAUAUUAAGGAAUCAUUCUGAGUACUUUGGCAACGACAUUUCAUUAAUUACGUCCUUUAAUUUUUUGUUUAGAAAAGGUGGAGCAUCCGUCAUCGUGCUAGUUUAUAGUUUGGAGUCUUUUUUUUUCUUGAGGACAACGGUUCUUGAUGCCAUAUCUCAUAAACUAUCUCGGUCCCAAAUGAAUAUAUGAAAACAUCUCCGAAAUCUUGAUUUGACGAGCAAGUUACAUAUAAUGAACAUUGCAACAAUGGGUAUUGACUAUGAUAUCAAAUUCUUGAAUAAAAGGACAUAAAUAAUCAAAUCUUAGUUUCUUCAAUUACCCAAAAUAGAAGUAUUUAAAAAUGUUAUCAACAACAAAAAAUGUCAAACCAAGCCAUUGCCUUUCUUUAUUAAGAAAGUCAAACUACAAAUAAACAAGGAAAGUCAUCGGAAACAAUAAUGAAAGAAAGUCAAAAUCUAAUCAAAUCAGUUUAUUUAUGAUUUUGGUUGAAAUUCAAUCAAUUUAGUUGUUCAUAAUCUCAACCAAACUCAAAUCAUAGCCAUUAUUAAUUGAUUUGUUUUGGCCACAUACCCCCAGCCGUGGUUUUGGGUAUGACGAGAUAAUUCAUUUCUUCCCAUUUCAGUGUUGCAGACAUCAUCAACCAGAUAAAUUGCUUGUUGUUGACUUUCCAUGGCGACGUGCCUUUUGGCUAUAUAUUAAGCACAUCAUUAUGCGCCUAAUCUCCGCAUAAUCAUAGCUUUUCACGCUUUCCCCAGAGUGGAUUCCAUUCCAUUUCCAACCCCUUCCCCUGUUUCCCUUCUGAAUAUUCUCUGUUUCGUCCUUUCCCCUGUUUUUUCACUUCUGGGUUCAGGGGAAACCAGUGAUUCCCGCCAUCCUUUGAUUAAUCGAAUACAUGGACGGAAGCCUGUUCAAUCAAGAUCCCAAUUUCAGCCAAUUCCCAUACUCAUCUGAAAAUUCCAUGAACUGGGAUUUCGUGGAGGAAUCGUUGCUGUAUCAGGAGGAUUGCUACUGGCCGGAGGAAGUCGACUUGAUCAGUUCGCACUCUGCCGCUGUGGUUCUCAACGAAUUGGACCCUCUGCCUGCUCUCCAGAGCUUCCAGAUAGUCAUUGAAGAAGAACCCAUGUUGGAAACUGCCAUCGCGGCUUCAGAACAGGAAUUUCCUCGCGAAGAGUCCAUCUCUCCGAAGCAGGAAGAAGCAGCUUCCUCCUCCUCCUGGUUCGCUUACAUGGUGGAUGCACAGGAGAAAGGGCGAUGUGGGUAUUUCUCGUGGGGUUGCGUUCCCAAGGAGGAGGAGCUCAACGAGGAAUUCAAGGUCUUGAAUCAGUGGAAAGACGAGCAGGAGUUUGGAUUUGAAGAAAAGAACGGGAUUUUACUGGGAUGGAGCCAGCAGCGUCAGCCAGAGGAAAACAGAGCUCUUCGCGCUAGGAAAACAGGGCAAAGGUACAGCAAGAAGAGAACCAAAUUCCAUCAGACCAUCAGCUUGCAAGUCUUGAGGCAGUACUUCGCUGGGAGUCUCAAAGAUGCCGCCAAAGACAUCGGAGUUUGCCCGACGACGCUGAAGAGGAUAUGCAGGCAGCACGGGAUCGAGCGUUGGCCGUCGAGGAAGAUCAAGAAAGUCGACCAAUCGUUGAAGAAGCUUCAACGAGUGAUCGACUCUGUUCAUGGAGCUCAAGGCACCAUCGAAAUCGGCUCAUUCUACUCAGCUUUCCCUGAAUUGAAUUCUGUUGCUGAUAACAUCGCCACCCCUGAGGUACUUUCUCCAGUAACAUCACAACAAUCCGCAGAUUCCAAGCGACCAAAACCAGCUGAAAGUAGUGUCACGGGUGUUUGUGAAAAUGCCGCAGUGAACUAUAAACCCCCUGUUGAUCAUCCUGGAACUACCAUCACAAGUGUUUGUGAAAAUGCCGCAAAGAACUAUUUAAAGCCUGCAGGUAUCAGCAGUUGCAGGAGCUCGGUGGAAGGGGGCGGGUUUCGGGUGAAGGCGAGCUUAGGAGACGAGAAUGUCAGGCUGGUGCUACAGCCAAAUUGGGGAUUAAUGGAGCUGAAGCAAGAGAUUGGAAAGAGGUUCAGCGUCGAUGAUCAUGUCAAGUCGAUUUGCUUCAAGUACUUGGAUGAAGAUGGAGAAUGGGUUCAUUUGAGCUGUGAUGAUGAUCUUGAGGAGUGCAAAGAGAUGCAUAGGUUCUCAGACAGGAAUGCCAUUAGGGUUUCCCUCCAUUAUUACACCCAAAGCUUCUGAGAAUUCCAAUGGUUGGAGUUGGUUUGAUGAUGUUGAGUUUUUUUUUUUUUUUUUUUUUGGGGUACUCUAGCUAGGGUUUUCAUCAAGAAUAUGGCCCAUUUUGUUGUGUCAUUAGGCUUGUAAUUAGUGGAAACGGUUUGAUUAAUGACAUAUAUACUAUCUACCAAUUUCUCAUGCUUUGAUAAAUUGCAUAUUAAAAAAUUAACGAAACAAGCGAUAUUUGUAUUUAAGUUUGCAAAUCAGUGUAAUUCGAUUAUAAACAAGACGUUACUACUACGUGUAGCUAAAAGAUCUCUUGAUCCAUUCUGACGAUAUUUAUAUUCAACGAUGUUUUCUACGAGGUGGAUAACUUUAAUUGGGUGGAAUAAUGGUCACUGACUCAUAACUUAAGCUCAAAAGUGCUUAAUCUCUGUUCGUGUGAAUGGAUUUCGAACUCACACCUCAUCACCUUAAUGCUCUUUGCGAGAAGGAAAAGGCUGCAACUUUGUGACGGUCAUUUUCACUAAUGAACAGCACCUUGAGCUCAUUAGUUAAUUAAUUUCCAUACAUUCUAGACCUGUAAUUUCAUAAUUUGAAUGUAGUAAAUUAGUGUUUUGAUACUUUGUCACACUUGCUGUCCAUUUUCACCAAGUGGGUUGAAACAGACAGAUCAUCUUAAUGAAUCUGGACCAGGUUUUGUAGGAAUUGGAACCCAAGUUUUGUUUUUGCUGUUGAUUUGCCAGACUUAACAAGUUGGAAGAAUCGAUCACAUAGUAAAGUUUUAAUUACUAUGGCCUAGUAUUGUUUUUUUUUAUGGAUGAUAUUAGUUUACUUCUUGUUAUAAUUACAAAAAUGAGAUAAUUAUGUGUGUUUGAAGUUAUGUCGUGGUUUUUAUCUAUUAUACGGCCGAAUAAAUUUAAGAUGAAUAAAAAAUAAUGCUUUUCUAUCUAAAUCUCUAUGUAUUUUCAAAAGAAUCAUUAAAUUGUUGUGUUCUAAAAUAUUAUAGUUGAAAUACUUACUGGCAUGUUAAGAUCCCUUAGAAACAAAUGGACUCUCGUUUUUCAUACGCCACAUUCUGUAUAUUCGAAUCCUAGAGUCAGCAAGGAAAAAAAUUACGAAAAUAUCUUCCGGAAAAAAUCCCUCCAAAUUGGUGCUUAAUAGACUUUAUCAUCGGUGGAGAAUAGUCUCAUGCCGAAUCCGUGAUUUGUAUCCUUGGAAAUCCAAGAAAAAUGGCCUUUCGAAACAAUUGCCCGAAAUUUGUGAUGGUACCCCUUUGGAAUCUGCCAAAAUUGGACCCGAAAAAAAAUCCACCCAAGUUUGUGCUUAAUAGACUUAAUCAUCGGUGCAGAAUAGGCUCGGGUCAAAUAUGUGAUCUGUAGCCUUCAAAAUCCAAGGAAAAUGGAUGUCAAAAAAAUUGCCCGAAAUAUGUGAUGGUGUACCCUUUUGGAAUAUGCAAAAAAUGGACCCAGAAAUAAUCCGCCCAAAUCGGUGUGUAAUAGACUUAAUCAUCGAUGAAAAAUAGCCUCAAGCCAAAUUCAUGAUCUGUAGUCUUCAAAAUCCAAAGAAAAAUAACUUUUCGACACCCAAAACUUACGAAAAAUGUCCUUAGAGAAAAUUCCCUCAAAUCGGCGAUUAAUAAAUUUCAUCGUCGGCUAAAAUGCAUAUUGGUGUUGGGUACUUAUGAUCACCACGUGGAGAAGUUAUGCAUAAUCAUAAUUAGUACACACUGUACGCGUAUUAAGUAAUUGAUUCUAUACAUGACAUAAUGUUUCAAGUACUAAUUAAGCCUAAUUAAUUUUUGCCUUGUGCCCAUACACUUUGUACGUACAAUCAGCAUGUGGAUGCUGGUUAAUAGAAAUAUAGAGAUUAGAAUCUUGGCUUUCUAUGCUAAGUGAAUAUUAAAGUAUAUACUAAUCUUAUCCUUUCAAGAUCCUAAAGGGUAAGACAUCUCAAUUAGUAGUCCUAGCUUGUUUGCCCACCAACAGCCUUAAACUUAAUAAUAAUUAAUUGAGGUUUUAAUA